AUGGGUGCCUCCCCCCCCGGGAAGCCCCCCCCCCGUCCCUCCGGCGAAGCUCUCCCCCUCCUACUCUUCCAAACCUUCGAAGAAUCCCUCGUCUGCAAGCUCAAGUCCCUGAACCCCACCAGCUCCGGCAACGGUGGCGGCGAAGGGCCGGCCGCCUCCUUCCCUUACCUCUCUCGCGCCGUCGGAGUUUUGUCCUCUGCCCACCGUCUCUUGGAAUCGCUCUUCUCUGACCCCUUCCUGUCCGGCUCCGACGAGGCCGCCGUCGCCGCCUACCUCGGUGACAGCCUCAGGCUCUUGGACCUCUGCAACUCCCUCUCCGAGGAGAUCCAGCGACUCCGCCGCGGUCGGCUUCUGCUGCUCUUCGCCGUCCAGCUCCUGUCUUCUCCCACGCCGACGAAAGUUCGUAAGGCCCGAGAGGUUCUCAACCAGUGGGAGGGUUCCUCAUCAGGAAGGCUGGUGCUGCGGCUUACGCGGCGGGAAGCGCCGGUGACGCCGCUGGGACGGGCCGUCUACGCCGUGGAAGCGGUCUCUGCGCUGGUCGCCGGGUUUUGGGUCUCGUCCCUCGGCGGCGGCGCCGCCCAUCUCGCCGCCGUGGCGGAGGUUCCGCGGGAGUUUCCGUGGGCCAAAGCCUUCAACGAGCUCCGGGCCGCCGCUCUUUCCUGCUCCGUCGGUGGGUGGCCGGCGGAGGGCGUAGACGCCGCCGUGCGGCGUCUCUCUCAGAUCAUCACCGAGCCCGCCCGCGAGGAGGAGCAGCUGCGCAGCUCCGUGAAGGAGCUAGCGAGGGCAACAGAGGGGCUAACGGAGGGGUUAGAUUCUCUCGGCGGCGCCGCCGAGUCUCUGUUCCGUGGGGUCCUUCGCGUGAGGAACACGGCUCUCCAGGGCUACCGUCUCCUCCCGAAGAAGUGUUCGAUCAAAUAA